AUGUCUUCCCCGUAUGUGAGCCAGGCACCGCCAUCACCGCCAGAAAGCCCCUCCGAAGCGACGGUCGAAGUGUACGCUCUUUCUGCCGGCCAUUUCUCGCUUCCGGAACGUUUCUUUGUUCAUCCAGCCUCGCAGACCGCCCGGAGAACUGUGCCCUCUCUGUCUUUCCUGAUAGUCCACCAAGAUCAAGAGACUGGUCAAACAACACGGAUAGUAUUCGACCUAGGUCUCCGGCGAGACCUGAACAGAUACGCGCCACCGAUCCAGAAACAUGUCGAGACCAGACAACCCAUGACAACCCUCCCUGAUGUGACUGCCAGUCUCGCCGCUGGUGGACUCACACCCGACGACAUUCAUUAUGUCAUCUACUCGCAUGUCCAUUGGGAUCAUGUGGGAGAACCUCGAGACUUCCCUAAAAGUACCUUUGUGAUAGGGAGCGGUGCCAAUGCGUUGCUACAGGGCCAUGGCUCAUUACGAGGGAGUCAUUCGUUCUUCGAAUCCGACUUAAUACCAGCUGAAAGGACAAUCGAGCUUUCCAACCCUUACGAAGACAUAGAGGAAGAAGCCAAGAAACCAUCCUUAGAUUCUCACGGUCCCGAUUUUGUUCAAGAAUGGAAAGCCCACGGAAAUCUACCUCGGGUCCUCGACAUAUUCCAUGAUGGCAGCCUCCUUAUUGUUGACGCUCCUGGUCAUCUUCCCGGCCACAUCAACCUGUUGGCACGGACAAGUCCUACGAGCAGUGUCUAUUUGGCCGGAGAUGCGUGUCACGAUAGACGUAUCAUGAGGAAGGAGAGAAAAAUCGGAGAGUGGCUCGACGAGCAUGGACACAUUUGUUGUAUCCACGCGGAUAAGAAACUGGCCGAGCAAACCAUUGAAAGAAUCCAACAUCUGGAGUCGACGGGAGUCGAGGUGAUUUUUGCGCAUGAUUUUGAGUGGGAAGAGGAUCCAGCCAACCGAUCAAGGUUCUUUGGGAGCUCAUGA